AUGGGAAAAAAAUCAACGAAAGCGACGCGAAAGUUUGCUGCGAGCGGCCAGCUCCAGAAAACGAUACAGGCGCGGCGGAAACACCGGGACUUCAAGAAGAAGGUGGAGAAGCGCAAGGGGAGUAAAGGCAAGGAGAGGCAAAUACCGGUAGGCGAGGACGAGGACGAUGAUGAGGCCGGUGUAGAGGAGGAGUCUCAAAAAUUCAAGGGAAUGUCUGUCGAUGACUUCCUUGGAGGAGCUUUCAUGCAGGGAGAUGGCUCGGACGAGGGUUCAGCUGUCGGUUCGGACGAGGGUACCGAAGAAGAUGAGGACGAGGAUGAUAACCGAUCUUUCGCCUCAGUGGACGAUCUAGAUGAUGAAGGCGAGGCGCAUCUGCUCGAACUCUCAAAACUAGCCAAGAAGGACCCCGAGUUCUACAAAUAUCUUCAGGAAAAUGACAAGGAGCUGCUCGAGUUCCAUCUCAAUGCCGUUUCCGACGACGAGGAUGACGAUGAAGGCGAGCAGGAGGAGGAUGGAGAUGCCAUGCAGGAGGACAUGGCACCGGUGCUCACAAAGCAGAUUUUGCGGAAAUGGCAACGGGCUUUGCUCGAGCAACGUUCGUUACGGGCUCUACGAAAAUUACUCAUUGCAUUCCGCUCUGCUGUGCAUAUGAACGAGGAGGAUCAAGUUUUCGAGUGGACCAUUGACAGCUCAUCUGUAUAUAACAAGCUUGUAACCACCACCCUCAAGUACACCCCAGUCGUCCUUGAGCACCACUGCCCAUACAAGACGCUCCCGAGCGGCAAGUUUAAGGCGCCGACCCAGACACCGAAGUGGAAGACUCUGCAAAAGCUAAUCCUAUCAUACUUCCACAAUAUCAUGCACCUGCUCACGCAGCUCACCGACAACGAGAUGCUGCGCCUGGCUAUCUUGGAGAGUGCGAAGCUCGUGCCGUACGUGACUGGCAGCCGGAAAGCUGUCAAGGUCUACUUGAGGACAUGCUUAGACCUGUGGUCAACCGCGGAAGACGGCGUACGGAUUGCCGCAUUCGUCGCGGUACGUAGGCUUGCAUUAGCAACGGAUGCGUCUAUCAUGGAUUUGGUGCUCAAGAAUACCUACCUGACGCUCGUGCGCUCGUGCAAGUCGACGUCACCGCAUACCCUGCCAUCUAUCAACCUCAUGAAAAAUUCGGCAUCCGAGAUUUACUGCCUGGACCACGCAACAGCAUACCAGCAUGCGUUUGGAUACAUCCGUCAACUCGCGAUUCACCUCCGAAACAGCAUGAAGGUGAAGAGCAAGGAGGCAUACAAGCAAGUGUACAAUUGGCAAUAUGUGCAUUGCGUGGACUUCUGGGCGUUGGUGCUAGCCAGGGCAUGCGACAAGGAGACAUUAAUGGAGAGGAACGGUGAGGAGAGCGAGUUGAAACCGCUCAUCUACCCUCUGGUGCAAGUGUCGCUCGGUUCCAUGAAAUUGAUCCGUAAUCCACGCUCCUACCCCUUCCACCUCCACAUCGUCCGCUCGCUGCUGCACCUGACGCGGCACACGCACACCUACGUCCCGCUCGCGUCAUACCUCCUCCCGAUCCUCACAUCGACGCUCUCGGGCUCCUCUAAGCCAAAAGGGUCCACGCUCCGCCCGCUUGACUUCGAAACAAACAUCCGGGCGCCGCAGCAGUACCUCAAGACGCGUGUGUACACCGAGGGGCUCGCCGAGGAAACUGCGUUCCUCCUCGGCGAGUACCUCGCGAGUGCGCCCGUGCAGGGCAGCAUCGCAUUCCCGGAGAUUGUGGUGCCGAUCGUGAUGAUGCUCCGGAAAGCCGCGAAGGGCACGCAGUGGCGGACGAAGGAAACAGGGGUGGCAAAGGCGCUCGUCGAGCGUGUAGAGGAAAGCGCGCGGUGGGUCGAACAGCGGCGUAAGGGCGUGACGUUCGCGCCGGGACGCAUGGCUGAGAUCGAGGCGUGGGAGGGCGGCGUGAAUGUCGAGGAGAGCCCGCUAGGCAAGUAUGUAAAGGUGCAGAGGAAAGCACGGGAAAAGCGCCGGAGGCUGGUCGAGAAGGCGAGGGAAGGGAGGACAAAAUUCUGGAAGAAUGACCUGCUGGAAGCCAUAACAUCGUGUGCGACGGACCAUGGUUGACGUUGUUCCGAGUCAGUCUCGACGACCCUUCCGUUCUGUCCUCUGGGCUUUUACUGAGUUGUGAGAGCGU